UCGUCGCUCGCACGCAACCGAGUACAGUAAUCCUCUUCUCUUUCCCAACCCAGGAAAGAGAAGAGAAGGGAAGAGGUUUAUUCAUUCAUUGUUCCAAUCCAAACAAUUAAGAUUGCCAAACAAGGAAACGCAUUUCCUUUUUCUACAAUCAUUUUAAAUUCCUUCCUAAAUCCCAUCGGAUUUCUCACUUUCCCUGAAUUUGUUUUCUCAUUUCACAUUGAAUUCCAUCGAUUUCUCUGAUACCCAGAACUUCAAUUCCCUCAAACGUUAGUUUUUCAUCCCCACAGCAUGGCUUUCCUGAGAAUUCUCCUUCUAUUCACUUUACUUUCCUUUGCUUUUUCUCACGAGAAUUCCAAUCCCCACAUAUUCCCGAGGCCUUUGAUCAUCGAAUACCCGGAAAACAUUGAGACCCACUUCAAGGAAUUCGAUGAGGAGGUCAGAUUACACUGUACGAGUUGGAGAUUCGCGGUUGAGAGCAACAAUCUCAGCCCCUGGAAAACUAUUCCAGUGGAAUGUGCGAACUAUGUGAAGGAUUACAUGAUGGGUCGAGCUUAUAAGAUCGACGUGGAGAGAGUAUCUAAGGAGGCUGGGAUUUAUGCGAAAAGUGUGGAAUUGGGUGGGGAUGGAAAAGACGUUUGGGUCUUCGACGUGGACGAGACCUUGCUUUCGAAUCUUCCAUAUUACGUGGAGCAUGGUUAUGGCUUGGAGAUUUUUGAUUCUGUGGAGUAUAAUAAGUGGAUCGAGAAGGCAACGGCACCUGCCCUAGAGGCCAGUUUGAAACUCUAUAAAGAGGUUUUGGAUUUGGGAUUCAAGGUUUUCUUGAUGACCGGGCGUUAUGAGAAGCACGAAGGGGUUACUGUCAAGAAUUUGAAUGAUGCAGGAUUUAAGAAUUGGGACAAGCUCAUAAUGAGGACCUCUGAUGACCAUGGGAAAUUAGCCACUAUAUACAAGUCAGAGAAAAGGAACGAAAUGGUAAAUGAGGGAUAUAGGAUUCUCGGUAACUCGGGGGACCAGUGGAGUGAUUUAUUGGGUUCCUCACAAUCCAUACGCUCUUUCAAGGUUCCAAAUCCCAUGUAUUAUCUUCCCUAAUGGGGAAUGAUAUACCUUCCUGUAUUUUUUUUUUUUUUUUCUUUCUCAGAAAAAGAAAGAAAAAAGAAAGUGUAUAUUUGUAUUAAGGGGAUCUUAUUCUUGUCACUGUUACAUGCAUUCAAGUGUACUGAUAACAUAUGAUGCCCCAGUCAAUCUUACAAUAUACAGAGAUUUUUCAUUA